AUGGGGGAAGACGUAGACCAUCUACGCCAAUCUCUUGGAUUGCGAAUGCUAAAGUCCAUGGACCCAGACAUUCAGAAUAUAUUGUUCAAUUCCAACUUUGUCACUCUCUACGUAAUGAAGGAGUCAGGCUGGGAGAAGGCAGAUGUUGAAGGCCCGUUUUUUGUGGUCUCAAGAGCAGGAUUUAACAAGUUUAGUUUUAUAAUUUUGAAUAAAAAAUCUGAAAACCACAUGUCACAGCAGCUGAUGCAUGGUUUGAGGGUUGUGCAUGAAGAAAAUUUUAUAUUUUAUCGCAAAAAUAAAUCUGACAGUCUUUUUGGGAUAUGGCACUUUGACCCGAAGGAAUCCGCAAAAUGCUACGAUACCAUCAUAAAAUGCAUAGAACAAUCUACUAACAUUUCUGACAAUGGCUUUGAUUUCAAACAGGAACUAAAAAUAGAUAAAGAGGAUAACAUUAUAGACCAUCAAAUACCAUCCCCCGACUACAGAAAGGCAGGGAAGGAUCUUUUAGGUAUAGCAAAAAUGAAUUCAAAAUUGGCAAAUCCUUCAAAAAUUUCGGAUGGACAUGAGAGAGCGUUAGAAGAGUUUAAAUUUCCUAGCUUUGACAACGAAUCUCCUAGAUACAAUUUGUCUAGGAAAGACAUAAUAUCUGCCGUAUUCGAAGCACUUAAAAUUUCAAAUUUCUUCCCAAAGUUCUUCGAAAUACUAGAUAGAGAUCGGAAACUAUAG